UAUUUCAUACUUGUGGUGGCCCUUGGUAAACGCGAAAAGUAAACGAAGACCAUCCAAAAGCGUAUUCUCCGGAGGCGCAUUUGGGCGAAAACUAAUCCUCUCUCGAAUCUCGAUUCGACGCUAGGGUUUCUCGGAAUCUAACAAAGUUUUUGGCGCAUCGUAACAGAAGUCUGAGUAAAAGCUCAAUUAGUUUCGUCUCAACCUUUAACUGCCAAGUUUCAUGUCUGAUCACGACCUCCAAACUCCCACUGCCUUUGACCCAUUUGCCGAGGCAAAUGCUGAGGACUCUGGUGCUGGGUCGAAGGAGUACGUGCAUGUGCGGACACAGCAGCGUAACGGGAGGAAGAGCCUGACGACCGUUCAGGGCUUGAAGAAGGAGUUCAGCUACACCAAGAUCCUCAAGGAUCUCAAGAAGGAAUUCUGCUGCAAUGGUACUGUCGUCCAGGAUCCCGAGUUGGGUCAGGUUAUUCAACUUCAAGGGGAUCAGCGUAAAAAUGUUGCCACGUUCCUAGUUCAGGCCGGUAUCGUGAAGAAGGAACACAUCAAGAUACACGGAUUCUGAGCAACAUACAAACGCUUCUGCGUGGUAGCACGUAUAAUUCCUAUUUAUGCAAGCUUUAAUGUUUAGAUUAGCGACGUGUAUGUUUAAGAUCAGAUGAAUAAGAUACUUGUGUUUCCCGCGUAUGCCUGUUCUAAGGCGAGUUGUAUCUCUGCCGGUGUGUGCUCGCAAUUUGAUCUAUGAUUCGUCGGUUGUAUCCGCCAGUUCAUCAAUAGCAAACUCCUAGUUCUUUGUUUGCCUAUAAUUUUACUGUAUUACUGUUCUGUUCCUAUGUCAGUGAAAAAUUCCAACAAAAUUUAGUGA